CCCCACAUCCACGAGAAGGAGGCCUCCUCCCCCAGCACCUACUCCCGCCACAGCCGCCAGGCCCUCACCUGCACGGCUUACGGAGUGCCGCCUCCUCUCAGCGUCCAGUGGCACUGGCGACCAUGGACGCCCUGCAAGGCCUUCGGCCAGCGCAGCCUCAGCCGGCGGCAGCAGAGAGACCACAUGCCACAGUGCCGCGACUGGAGAGAGGUGACCACGCAGGAUGCCGUGAACCCCAUUGAGAGCCUGGACACUUGGACCGAGUUCGUGGAAGGGAAGAAUAAGACGGUGAGCAAGCUGGUGAUCCAGAAUGCCAACGUGUCCGCCAUGUACAAGUGCAUGGUCUUCAACAAAGUGGGCCAGGACGAGCGGCUCAUCUACUUCUACGUGACCAACAUCCCCGAUGGCUUCAGCAUAAAAUCCGAGCCAUCGGAGGAGCCCUUAGAGGGCCAGGACGUGCGCCUGAGCUGCCGGGCAGACAACUACACCUACGAGCAUCUGCGUUGGUACCGCCUCAACCUGUCCACGCUGCACGACGCGCACGGGAACCCGCUGCUGCUCGACUGCAAGAACGUGCACCUGUUCGCUACGCCUCUGGCCGCCCACCUGGAGGAGGCGGAGCCAGGGGCGCGCCACGCCACGCUCAGCCUGACCAUCCCCAGCGUGGCGCCUGAGCACGAAGGCGACUAUGUAUGCGAGGUGCAGGACCGUCGCAGCCAUGACAAGCACUGUCACAAGAAGUACCUGUCAGUGCAGGCCCUGGAAGCCCCGCGGCUCACGCAGAACUUGACCGACCUCCUGGUGAACGUGAGCGACUCCCUGGAGAUGAGGUGCCCGGUGGCCGGGGUGCACGUGCCCAGCAUCUUGUGGUACAAAGAUGAGAGGCUGCUGGAGGAAGAGUCUGGAAUCGACCUGGCGGACUCGAACCAGAGGCUGAGCAUACAGCGCGUGCGUGAGGAGGACGCGGGCCGCUACCUGUGCAGUGUGUGCAACGCCAAGGGCUGCGUCAACUCCUCCGCCAGUGUGGCCGUGGAAGGCUCCGAGGAUAAAGGCAGCAUGGAGAUCGUGAUCCUUGUCGGCACCGGGGUCAUCGCUGUCUUCUUCUGGAUCCUCCUCCUCUUCAUCUUCUGUAACAUGAGGAGGCCAGCCCACGCAGACAUCAAGACGGGCUACCUGUCCAUCAUCAUGGACCCCGGGGAGGUGCCUCUGGAGGAGCAGUGUGAAUACCUGUCUUAUGAUGCCAGCCAGUGGGAAUUCCCCCGGGAGCGGCUGCACCUCGGGAGAGUCCUUGGCCAUGGGGCCUUCGGGAAGGUGGUGGAAGCCUCGGCUUUUGGAAUCCACAAGGGCAGCAGCUGCGACACUGUGGCUGUGAAAAUGCUGAAAGAGGGCGCCACAGCUAGCGAGCACCGCGCCUUGAUGUCUGAGCUCAAGAUCCUAAUCCACAUCGGUAACCACCUCAACGUAGUCAACCUGCUGGGGGCGUGCACCAAGCCCAAUGGCCCCCUCAUGGUGAUCGUGGAGUUCUGCAAGUAUGGCAAUCUCUCCAACUUCUUGCGUGCCAAGCGGGAGGCCUUCAGCCCCUAUGCGGAGAAGUCCCCUGAGCAGCGAAGGCGCUUUCGCGCCAUGGUGGAAGGGGCCAAAGCUGACCGCAGGAGGCCAGGAGGCAGCGAGAGGGUUCUCCUCUCCCGCCUCUUGAUGGGCAAGGGCGGCGCAGGGCGGGCCCCUCCGGUCCAAGAAGCCCAGGACCUGUGGCUGAGCCCGCUGACCAUGGAGGACCUUGUCUGCUACAGCUUCCAGGUGGCCCGAGGGAUGGAGUUCCUGGCCUCCCGCAAGUGCAUCCACAGAGACCUGGCCGCUCGGAACAUCUUGCUGUCAGAAAGCGAUGUGGUGAAGAUCUGUGACUUCGGCCUGGCCCGCGACAUCUACAAAGACCCUGACUACGUGCGCAAGGGCAGUGCCCGGCUGCCCCUGAAGUGGAUGGCCCCUGAGAGCAUCUUUGAUAAGGUGUACACCACGCAGAGUGACGUAUGGUCCUUUGGGGUGCUGCUCUGGGAGAUCUUCUCCCUGGGGGCCUCCCCCUACCCAGGAGUACAGAUCAAUGAGGAGUUCUGCCAGAGGCUGAAAGAGGGCACACGGAUGCGAGCCCCAGAGCUGGCCACCACCGCCAUACGCAGCGUCAUGCUGAGCUGCUGGUCAGGAGACCCCAAAGAGAGGCCUGCAUUCUCAGAGCUGGUGGAGAUCCUGGGGGACCUGCUGCAGGGUGGGGGCCGACAGGAGGAGGAGGACUGCACGGCCCCCUGCGGCUCUCAGAGCUUGGAGGAGGGCAGCUUCUUGCAAGCAUCCACCACGGCCCUGCACGUGGCCGAGGCCGACACCGAGGACAGCCCGCCGAGCCUUCACCGGCACAGCCUGGCGGCCAGAUACUACAACUGUGUGUCUUUUCCGGGGUGCCUGGCCAGAGGGACUCAGACCCAGAGCUCUUCCAGGAUGAAGACGUUCGAAGAAUUUCCCAUGACCCCGACGACCUAUAAGGCCUCCGUGGAUAACCAGACGGACAGUGGGAUGGUGCUGGCCUCCGAGGAGUUUGAGCAGCUGGAGGGCAGGUACAGACAAGAAAGCGGGCUCAGCUGUAAAGGACCGGGCCAGAACGUGGACGUGACCAGGGAGCACCCUGACACUCAAGGGCGGCGGCGGCGGCCAGACCGGGGGGCACGGGGAGGGCAGGUGUUCUACAACAGCGAGUACGGGGAGCUGGUGGGGCCGCAGGAUGAGGGCAACUGCCCCCCGCCCGCCCGAGCACCCUUCUUCACAGAUGACAGUUACUGAAGCAGCCCCGGGCAAGGCCCCCGAGCCCCCGGGUCUGACAGCUGGUGGGGGCCGUGCCUGGAGGCGAGCAGAGGGCUGGGUACUCCUCUCCCUCAGCUUGGUCAGCACAUGUUUCCUCCUCCCUAGUUAGGAAGAGCAAGACCCAGGCUCCAGGGCUCCCCAGACUCCAUCACCACACCUGCCCCCCCAGGCCACCCUGCGGAUCCCCCAGGGCCUUCUUUCCUCGAGAUUCAGAUUCCAUGCAGCCCCAUACCCAUGGGGCUGGUCUGGAUUGCCUCCUCCCACCAUGGUGGGUGGGGGCAUGAUCCCCAUUUUCUGAGGAGGACUCUGAGGGUCUGAGAGUCACAGUGUUGGACGUGAAGCCAGACUUGAGCUUUGGUCCCCAGAUCCCACCCCACUAUCCCCACUCAUUCCCGUGGGAAUGGCUUUCUUGGCUCUCCAAGGCAGAGAGAGGGCACCAUAUUUCCAUCUCAAACGAAAGAUAAGGAGUUGGGGGGGAUGGGGUGUCCUCUCCAGAGCCCGGCCAAACAGCUCACCCUCCCAGGGGCCGUGGUCUCUGCUGGGCCAGGCGUCACGGUGUACCUACCCCUGGGUGUUGACAACUAUUCAACAGAUGCAUUUUCAUUAGAACUUCAGAGACUCUUGGAGCUGCUGUGAAGAAUUCACUUUUCAAGACGUUAAUCUGAGGGGAGCCCAGGGAAGGUCUUUCUGAAUCUAGAUGAUUCUCGCCUCUGACCCCCAGGCAGGUGCCGACAUAGGACAGGCCACUGUGGCCCCACCUGCCUGGCCCAAAACUGGAAGAAGCAGCUAAUGGUCCAGAACAGCCCAGUUUGAGAAAUGGCCGGUUCUUCCCUCAGAGGCUGGGAUCUGCCACCCAAGGCCAGCUUCCAAGCUGUGAAUGGCCUUUUGAGAAGCAAACACCACGGGACCCACUGAGGAAGGUCUUUGGUGCUGGCCCAGAGGAGCCACCACGUGUGCCAGGAGGCUGUCAGCAGAUGUUCUGGUGGCCCCAGGGGGCCCCUGUGUUCAUUCCCCCCGGUCUGUGCCUGAUGUCGGCGCCCCGGCAGAUCAAGCCUCUGGCCUCCCAGGACAGUGGGCAAGAGCCCCCUGCAGGCUGGAGCUGUUCUGCCCAGGGCCCCCCAUUCCAGCACCCACUGCCCAGCCACCCCUACCCCCAGCCGGAGAGGGACCCUUCUCCAGUUAGCACCGUGGAGAUGGACAUCCCACCCCCACCCCACAAGACGCUUGCAGGACAGGCGGUUGUUCAGCGAGCAGGGGCUUGCCCGGCAGAACAGCCCCUCCCCCCACCGCCCCUGUGUAGUGUGCCUUUAAGAUACGUCGAACACACGUGUCUCUGCACUCCUCGCUGUCCCCAGUGGCCCUCCUCCUCUGAUGUCACCUGACCGGGAGACAUAGUUCUCAGGUUUAGCUGGUGCAAGUCCAGAGGCUGUUCUCACCCAGAGGACCAAGACCCAUGAUGCAGGUGCAGGGGCGCCCCCCCCCAGGGCCCUCCCUACAUGCAUACCACCUGUUUACGUCCCCUCCCCCCCGUCACAUGACUGCACCCGCUAAAAUGUACUGGGAAGAAAACCCACCACAGCCUUGUAGACCAUGUGUUCUGAAAAGAUCUAAAAUAUUUAACAAACGAUAAUAAUAAAUUUGAUGCCAGUCUUUGAGUUACAAUGAA